GCCCGCCCUCCCCCGAAGCCCCGGAGAGGAUCGGGACCCAGAGCCCCCCACCCGCCAUGGGGCUGCUGUCCGACCCCCACUGCCGGCGGGCGCUCUCCCGCCUGGUCCUGCGCCUCAACACCCCCCUCUGCCUCCUGAGCUACCUGCUGGGUCUGGGGUGGUUCCUGGCCCUGCCCCUGCCCCCUCUGGCCCCCCGUACCUACAUGUCAGAGAACGCCAUGGGAUCCACCAUGGUGGAGGAGACGUUUGGGAUGGGGGAGCGGGCGCUCUCCUACGCACGCGAGUUUGCGGGGCACAAGAAAAAAGCGGGGGGCAUGCCAGUGGCCUGGCUGGAGAGGACCAUGUGGAGCCUGGGGCUGGAGGUUCACCGCCAGCCCUUCACCCUCACCCUGCCCUUCCCCGACGAGACCCGUGAGCGAUACAUGGUGAAGGGCACCAAUGUCUACGGGAUCCUGCGGGCGCCGCGGGCGUCCAGCACCGAGGCGCUGGUGCUGAGCGUGCCCUGCUCCCCGGGGACUCAAAACAACCAAGCCCUAGGGCUGAUGUUGGCCCUCGCCGCACACUUCAGAGGCCAGAUCUACUGGGCCAAGGACAUCAUCUUCCUGGUGAAUGAGCACGACCUGCUGGGCAUGGAAGCCUGGCUGGAGGCGUACCACGACAUCAACCUCACUGAGGUGCAGUCCUCAGGGGCACUGGGCCGGGCAGGGGCCAUCCAGGCAGCCAUCUCCCUGGAGCUCAGCAGUGAUGUGGUGACCAGCCUGGAUGUGGGGGUGGAGGGGCUGAACGGGCAGCUGCCCAACCUCGACCUCCUCAACCUCUUCCACGCCUUCUGCCAGAAGAACGGGCUGCUCUGCACCAUCCAGGGCAAGCUCCCCCGCCCCGAGGGGGACUCCCUCCCUGCCUACGCCCACAGCCUGCAGACCCUCCUGCUGAUGGUGCUGGCCCAGGCCUCAGGCAGACCCCGGGGGGACCACGGGCUCUUCCUGCGCUACCGCAUCGAGGCCAUCACCCUGCGGGGCAUCAACAGCUUCAGGCAGUACAAAUACGACCUGACCACCCUGGGAAAGACCCUGGAGGGGAUGUUUCGGAAGCUGAACAACCUCCUGGAGCGCCUGCACCAGUCCUACUUCUUCUACCUCCUGCCCUCCCUCUCACGCUUUGUCUCCAUCGGGCUCUAUAUGCCGGCCUUCGGCUUCCUCAUCCUCGUCCUCAUCCUCAAGGCCCUGGACCUCUGGAUGAAGCUCAGCAAGGGAGAGACGGGCAACGCCGAGCGGCUCUGGGACGGCGACCAUGGGGUCAGGGAGGUGGAGCCUCGUCCUGGUCUGCUGGCCCUGGUGCCACCGCUGGUGGUGUGCCACGCUGCCGGGCUGGCCCUCUACUUCCUGCCAGUGCUGGGCCAGCACGUGGCCACCCAGCACUUCCCGGUGUCCGAGGCCGAAGCCGUGGUCCUCACCCUCAUCGCCAUCUACGUGGCGGGCAUGGCCCUGCCCCACAACGCCCACAGGGCGCUGUCGGGGGGUGGCAGUGACCGUGGGUGGAUGGUGCUGAAGUUGGUGGCCCUGCUCUACUUGGCACUGCAGCUGGGCUGCCUCGCUCUCCUCAACUUCUCCCUGGGCUUCAUCCUGGCAGCCACCAUGGUGCCUGCAGCCGCCGCCGUCACCCCCAACGGGCCCAGGGUGCUGCUGGGGGUGCUGCUGGUGCUGGGGACGCCAGCGGUGACGCUGCUGCUGACCAUCUUCCUGCAGCGGGAGCUGGAGGAGGCCCCGGCAGGGCUGGGGGAGGGCUGGCAGCUCUUCCUGGGGGCACUGGGCGAGGGGCUACUCCAGCACCACCUCUACGGGUCCAUCCUUUACCCCUUCCUGGCCCUCGGAGCCCACCCCUGCUGGCUGCUGCUCUGGAACGUGCUCUGCUGGAAGUGAGGGGCACGGACACACGGACAGACCCACGGAAGGAUGUGCAGACCAAGCGGCUCGUGGAAGAGUUCACGGAUGGACAGACCCAUGGACCAAUCCACGGAUGGAUGGACAGACAAAACCACGGAUGGACUCAUGGAUGGCCCCACUGACCAACUCGCAGGUGGACAUGUGGAUCAGUCCACGGAUGGAUGGACAGACCCAAGGAUGGAUGGAGGGACAGAUCCAUACAUGGACC